UUCUGUUGCAAUAACACAUCGUCAAUAACAGCGACGACGACAAUUGUCAUCAGAAUGAAAUUCUUUACACUUUUGGUGGCGGCCCUUGUGGUCUUGGCCUGUGCCCUGCCCAGAAUUCAUGCUGGGAAUAAUUACCUCUGGGGUGAGAUCGGUAACAAUGACUACAAGUUGGCCAAAGAUACCGUCUCGAAGGCCUUCUUCGUGGGUCUGGUACAGACCAAAAAGUACACAUUCAAGCAAUCGGACAAUUUGAAUGCCUUGACCAUAACGGCCAUCAGAAUUACGGAAAAGAAGAGUAAUGGUGCCACAGCUGAGCUAAUUAGCGGCGGUCCGGGCUCAAAGGGUGCCACCAUUAAGUUUACAUCGGUCCGGGGCUAUGGCAUCAAAGAUCUUGUCGAGAUAUGGGGCCGUUAAUCAAGUGGAAAACAUAUACUUUCACUUUCCCUUUUCCCCCCAUCCAAAUCGAUGAAGAUAGCAACAAACAAAAAGAAGGAAAAAAAAGCAAAGAAAAGGUCUAGUUGGAAGUGUAUGUAUAUUUUUUUUUUUUUUGUCAAAAUGUAAACCUUCUUGUCUGACCAAGAAAAAUAAUUA